AAUAGUUCCCAUUUUAUUAUUUUUAUUUUUAUUUAAAAAUAGAAAUAUAAGAGGAUUAGCAGUAAAGGUACCCAUCUCACCAACCCCAAUCCCCAAAGGUGGUGGUGGUGGACCCCACGAUUGUUCUUGGUGGUGGUGCCACAAUGAUCGGCCACCAACCUCUACUCCUCACCAACUCUCUCUCUCUCUCCUAUGAUCCUAUCCCAAAACAACUCAAUUUUCAAUGAGAAUUGCUAAAAACACAGGGUACCCAUCCCAUUGAUCCCAAUGACAAUAAUCAUUAUUAAUAAAAAUUAAUUAAAAAUUAAAUUAAAUUAUCAUAUAUCACCAACUCCAAUGGACCCCAUCAAACUCAUCAUAUGCAGUCUUCUUUUAUGUCAUCAAACUCAUCCUUACCCAUUAAACUCAACUUUCUUAUUCUCUCUCUCUCUUUUCUGAAUCUCAAUUUCGGAAUUGAGAAGCCAUGGCGUCCCAAGCGCCACCAAAUUUCUGGGGUGACAUGCCAGAGGAGGAGUACUAUACCUCCCAAGGGGUGCGAAACACCAAAUCAUAUUUCGAAACACCAAACGGCAAGCUCUUCACACAAAGCUUCCUUCCAUUGGAUUCCACAAGCUCAAAACUCAAAGGCUCCGUUUACAUGACUCACGGCUACGGCUCCGAUGCCGGCUGGCUCUUCCAGAAGAUCUGCAUCAACUACGCUACCUGGGGAUACGCCGUAUUCACCGCCGAUCUCCUCGGCCACGGCCGAUCCGAAGGUCUACGUGGCUACCUUGGUGACAUGGAGAAAGUCGCCACCACUUCUUUAUCUUUCUUCCUCCAUGUUCGCCGUAGUGAGCCUUACAAGGAACUUCCGGCUUUUCUUUUCGGCGAGUCCAUGGGAGGCGCAGCCACCAUGCUCAUGUACUUCCAAUCAGAUCCCGACGCGUGGACUGGGCUGAUCUUUUCCGCCCCACUUUUCGUUAUGCCUGAGGAUAUGAAGCCCAGUAAGGUGAGAUUAUUCCUCUACGGUCUUCUCUUCGGUGUGGCUGACACGUGGGCCGCUAUGCCUGACAAGAAAAUGGUUGGGAAAUCGAUCAAAGACCCUGAGAAGCUUAAGAUCAUAGCAUCUAAUCCGAGAAGGUACACGGGUCCACCUAGGGUGGGGACUAUGAGGGAGUUGGCUAGGGUGUGCCAGUACAUACAGGAUAAUUUCUCUAAAGUAACGGCACCGUUUUUGACUGUUCAUGGUACUGAUGACGGGGUGACGUGUCCUUCGUCAUCAAAGCUGUUGUAUGAGAAAUCAUCCAGUGUGGACAAGACUUUGAAGAUCUACGAUGGGAUGUACCACUCGUUGAUACAAGGGGAGACGGAUGAGAACGUUACUCUUGUGUUGAAGGAUAUGAGAGAGUGGAUCGAUGAACGGGCCCAAAAGUAUGGGCCUAAAAAUUAAUUUUAAAUUCUAGUUAUUAUUAUUUAGGCCCAAUUGAGAAACAAAAUUUGCAAAAAAUGAUACGAGGGAUGAUGGAUCGUGUAACAUUAAGAAAAAUAACUAUUGGUUGUAUCUACAAAAAUGUGGCAAAUAUGGCAUUGUUGAUUAAGCAUGAUGAUUUCACUUGUAAUUUCAUAAAUAAAUUGAGCUAUAUUAAUUUUUUUAUAAGAAAAAAUUACGUGAGGUACGUUUCUUUUUUAUCCUAUGAGUUUGAUCAAUAUUUGUGUUUUAAUUUUUAUGGCUUUUUUCUUUUUUACUUGUUUUACAUUUUCAGUUGAUUUUUUUUUUCUUUGGAAAGUUACAUUAUUUUUAGUA